GGCGCAGAUCUACUCCAGAGGACCGUGGUGUAGUUAUAAAAUAUCUGUCAAUUGUCAAAUCAAUGUCAAAGAAGUCGAGGUCGUCUAGGUUGUAAGAGCAGUUGCUACAAUUGUAAAGUGUAUUUAACCAGUGUGCAAAUUAAAUAUAAGAUGUUUGCUCUAAGAAGACUUGCUACCAAUGCUAUUAUUUCAAAUACUCGGGCAGCUCAUGCCUUGCCCGAACUACCUUAUGCUUAUGAAGCCCUCGAGCCUAUCGUUUCUCGAGAUAUUAUGAGUCUUCAUCAUACUAAGCAUCAUCAAACCUAUGUCACUAAUUUAAAUGCAGCCGAAGAAAAAUUAAAAACUGCCCUCAGCAAAGGUGACAUAAGUACUGUUGUGUCCUUAGAACCAGCAUUGAGAUUCAACGGAGGCGGGCAUCUAAAUCAUUCAAUUUUUUGGAAAAAUCUAUCCCCUGAAUCAACACAGCCAAGCGAACCUCUUAAAAAAGCAAUUGAAUCAUCAUUUGGAAGCAUUGAACAGUUGAAAGAUCAAUUAUCUGCUUCGUCGAUUGGAGUGCAAGGAUCUGGUUGGGGCUGGUUAGGUUAUUGCCCAAAAUCGGGAUGUUUGAAAAUUGCAACUUGUGCUAACCAAGACCCUCUUCAAGCUACAACAGGGCUUAUUCCGCUCUUAGGAAUAGACGUGUGGGAACACGCUUAUUAUUUGCAAUAUAAGAACGUUAGGGCGGAUUACGUGAAAGCUAUUUUUGAAGUAGUCAAUUGGAAAGAUGUUUCAGAAAGAUUCGAAAAAGCAAAAUGUUAAAAUCCUCGCUCCUGGUAAUGUGAAAAUAAAAGGCUAAUGGUUA